AUGAGGAGAAUCGAAGAGCAAUUAACACAAUGGCACGAUACCAUCCCGGCCUUCAAGACUCCAGACCCCUUCAGAUCGACACAGACAAUCCCUUGUCACUCCACCUUUCAGAAUGUCAUCUUCCACUCUCUCUAUAACACUGCUAUCUUCGCUCUUGAGAGGCGACUUGUCGAGCCCAUAAUCUGCGAGAGAGGAGGGUACGCCAAACUUCAGGCUCGUCGAAAGGGAACCCAGGAAGCCCUAAGGGAGAUCGACAGGAGAAUCGGAGUGUUCUUGGAUGCCACCAGGCAGUCGCUGCAACUUACACAACACAUCCACGUGGAUACGUCUACACCAAGCUGCUUGGCUAUCCAUCAGCCAUCGGCUGCCUUGGUGACCCUCUUCGCAUAUGUGAUGGCCAAUUCACUCUCGCGCUCCGCGCACGAUGACAUUGCUUUGAUAGACAUUGCAGCCGCAUACUUCCAGAACAUGAAACUCUUCUUGCCCGCGGAAGCAGCGUUCGAUGCAUACGCCGAGCUUUCACAGCUAGCCAGACAGGCGGUGCAGAAUGCAGAGCUAGGAAAUGGAUUUGUUCAGGACGCUCCCGAGAACAAGACCGAAAGCGGUGAGAUGAUCAAACCCCCCGAGCGUCAGAAGGACCUCGACCAAAGCGGAGCUCCAGCAGCUGAGAAAUCUUCUAACACCUUGCCAUCUGGGUUGUCCUUGGGCGACUCUGAAGUUUAUCAGGACGACGCGGUAGAUUGGACCCAGUGGAUGGUGGAAAAUGGGCUUGCUUCAUCCUCUGCUGUAACUCGGGCUUCCAACCCCACAGAUGCUGUCGGUCACUUAGAAUCCCAUUCGUGA